GCGGAUCUGAUCAUCCCAAAAUUAAUCCUCACACAUAUUGCAGGAUCAUUCAUGCGCAUAAGGUUUAUGGGUCAGAAAUGGCGACUCAAUGGGAGAAAAAUAUUCACACAUACCCGAGAACAUCUGACUGACAGCACUUCCUUUACCAGGAAUCCUGCUGGAAUGAUUCUAACACAUUCGCACCAUUUCUGUAGGCGCCAUGCAUCUAAUCCGCAAAAACAGCGCCAUAACGUCCAGAGAUUUAAAAUAUAUAUACAUUUGGACAAAGACCUGUUUUGGUCGUGACCUUUCAUUUUGGAGUGAUGACGGUGAUGGAGAAAAAAGCAAAUGACUGAUAAGGACGUGGUGAUGAGGCACGCAUCUGAUUUCGACAGAUUCGCACACUGUAUUGAUUUGUGUGUUUUUUUGUGUGGCAUUCCUCGGCGGAAUGAUUGAUGUAACAUUUAGACACGUUUAAAGGAUGCUGAGACUUGUGCAGCAGACUCCUUUGUUCCGACGGUGACUGCCAUCUCAACCUCGCCGGAUCUCAGGUGGAUGGUGCAGCCGACAGUCAUCACAUCUGUCUCUCCGUCAUCUGGACGCGCAAAGCCCAAAACGCGCAGCUCGACCCAGCAGGUGCAGACAGGUGCAAACAAGGCAAAGCCCUCCAGCCGGAAAGGGCUGAAAGAGAAGCCUUCCAAAGAGGAGGAGGAAAGGAGGCGGAUCAGGAGGGAGAGGAACAAAAUUGCUGCAGCAAAGUGUCGCAACAGACGGAGGGAGCUGAUAGACACUCUGCAAGCUGAAACGGACAAGCUGGAAGACGAGAAGUCUGCCCUCCAGGGUGAGAUAGCUGACCUGCUGAAGGAGAAGGAGAGACUGGAGGAAGUCUUAGUCUCCCACAAACCAUCCUGCCAACUCCCCACAGAUGACGGUGAUGAGAAAAGGGAGGAGGAGGAGGAGGAUGAUAAAGAAGAUGAUGUUAACACCAUGCUGCAGGAUCCUCCGGCCUCCCCGCAGCUGCUGUCCAUCUUAGAUGGAAAACCCACGGAGAGCAACGUCGGAGAAGCCUCCAUUGGCCAAGACAUGGACAGUGUCCCUUGUAUCCCUGCUGCCGCCAUUUUGGGGAACUCCGACAUCCUCCUGUGUUCGAGUGCAGAGGAGGAGGAUCUGGAGGACCUAAAAGGAGAUGACCUGGAUGACUUGGUGCCCAGCCUAGAGAUGGCGGUGACCCCAGAGAUGGCUGCCUCUGUCCCCGACAUAGACCUGAGUGGCCCCUUCUGCCUCUCGGACUGGGAAACCCUUUACAAGUCCGUGGCAAACGACCUGGAGUCUUUGAGCACACCGGUCAUGUCUUCCAGUCCCAAUUGUAGCAAUUACCGCACAGCGUUUUCCUUUAAUUACUCUGAGAUUGAUUCCUUGGCCGAGGGCCUUGAGAGCCUGAAAGGCAGCCUGGGUGCGUCAGAGUUAAUGAAAGAUAAUCUUAACUCUCCAACACUCCUGGCCUUGUGAAUGCAGUUAUGCAACAAUAUACUGUUAUUGUAUUCUAACCAGUCAACAAGCUAUGAUCUCUCUCUGUCUCUCUCUCUUAAAAACCAAGUGUAGUGUGAGUUUGGAUGUUGUAUAAAUCUUAACAUCAACGGUUGUGAACAUGACAUGUUUUGUGUGACUGUAACAGGGUUUGACCUUCUUCCAUACCUACUGGUGCGAUUCUCUGGAGGUGAGACUUUGUCCCGCUAACAAAAAUGCAUGCAAAUACAUUUCGUCCAUACUCCAAGACGAGGUGGUAUCUGUGUUUUAAACUGUGGUGUGAAGUUAGAUCAUGCUCAAUAGCCUAAAGUAUGCGUAAUAAUGUUGACCAAGUUGUGUUGUAACAAGUGAAAAUAGCAGGGUUACUAAAGUGUAGUGUAUAGGUGUCACAUCUUGCUGUAAGGUGUCCCCUAACAUUUCCUUUCACAUUUUUCCAUACCAAGAAAAAAAGAUCAUGUCAUGUAUUUUAUCAAGAUGUAUUUUCUGACAUAGUUUAUUUUUUUACUUAUCAAAAAGGAUCAGAUGCAAAAAUUGUAUAAUGCUGGAAAUAAAAUAAGCCAAACCAUAA